CGUCCGCAGCUGCCCAAAGAGAAGAUAGAGGGAUGUCACAUCUGCACCUCGGUGACACCUGGCGAGCCCCAGGUGCUGCUGGGCAAGGACAAGGCCUUCACCUAUGACUUUGUCUUUGACCUGGACACGUGGCAGGAGAGGAUCUACACGACGUGCAUGGGGAAGCUCAUCGAGGGCUGCUUCGAGGGCUACAAUGCCACUGUGCUGGCCUACGGGCAGACUGGAGCAGGGAAGACCUACACCAUGGGCACUGGCUUUGACAUGAGCAUCUCGGAGGAGGAGCAGGGCAUCAUCCCUCGGGCCAUCAGCCACCUCUUCAGCGGCAUCGAGGAGCGCAGGCGGGCAGCCCAGAGCCAGGGCCUGGCAGCACCCGAGUUCAAAGUCAGCGCCCAGUUCCUGGAGCUCUACAAUGAGGAGAUCCUGGACCUGUUCGACAGCACCCGCGACCCCGACGCGCGCCACCGCAAAUCCAACAUCAAAAUCCACGAGGAUGCCAGUGGGAGCAUCUACACCACGGGGGUCACAUCACGCCUCAUCAGCUCACAGGAUGAGCUGAUCCAGUGCCUAAAGCAAGGAGCUCUUUCCCGCACCACGGCCAGCACUCAGAUGAACGUGCAGAGCUCCAGAUCCCAUGCCAUCUUCACUAUUUACCUGUGCCAGACCAGAGUGUGUGCCCGCCCAGAGCUGGUGAAUGAGGAGGUGAGCAGCCUUCUGGAUGGAUCCCAGCCUGCUGCUGAGUACGAGACCUUGACAGCCAAGUUUCACUUUGUGGACCUGGCUGGCUCGGAGAGGCUGAAGCGGACAGGUGCCACUGGCGAGAGAGCGAAGGAGGGCAUCUCCAUCAACUGUGGGCUGCUGGCCUUGGGGAAUGUCAUCAGUGCCCUUGGAGACCAGAGCAAGAAGGUCGUGCACGUGCCCUACCGUGACUCCAAGCUGACUCGCCUGCUGCAGGAUUCCCUCGGGGGCAACAGCCAAACCAUCAUGAUUGCCUGUGUGAGCCCCUCUGACCGGGAUUUCAUGGAGACCCUGAACACGCUCAAGUACGCUAACCGGGCUCGCAACAUCAAGAACAAGGUGGUGGUGAACCAGGACAAGACGAGCCAGCAGAUCAGCGCGCUGCGCGCCGAGAUCGCCCGGCUGCAGAUGGAGCUCAUGGAGUACAAGGCAGGUAAGCGGGUGAUCGGGGAGGAUGGCGCAGAGGGCUACAGCGACCUGUUCCGGGAGAACGCCAUGCUGCAGAAGGAGAACAGCGCCCUGCGCAUGCGCGUCAAGGCCAUGCAGGAGGCCAUCGACGCCAUCAACAGCAGGGUCACCUACCUCAUGAGCCAGGAGGCCAACCUGAUGCUGGCCAAAGCAGGUGACGGGAACGAAGCCAUCGGCACCCUCAUCCAGAACUACAUCCGGGAGAUCGAGGAGCUGAGGACGAAGCUCCUGGAGAGCGAGUCCAUGAACGAGUCCCUGCGCCGCAGCCUCUCGCGGGUGUCUGCCCGGCCCGCGUUCCCCGUGGGCUCCUCGCCGGGCGCGGGGCUAGCCGGGCUCUGCAGCCCCGCCGCCCCCCUGGACACCGAGGCCUCCGACGUGCUGCGAAGGGCCAAGCAGGACCUGGAGCGCCUGAAGAAGAAAGAGAGGCGGCAGCAGAGGAAGAGCCCAGAGAAGGAGGCAUUUAAGAAGAGGCAGAAACUGCAGCAGGACAACGGGGAGGAGACGGAUGAGAAUGAGGUGGAAGAGGAGGAGGAAGAACAGGAUGAGAGUGGCUGUGAGGAAGAGGAUGGGCGCGAGGAUGAAGAUGAGGACUCGGGCAGUGAAGAGAGCCUGGUGGACUCGGACUCGGAUGCAGAGGAGAAGGCUGUGAAUUUCCAGGCUGACCUGGCGGACCUGACCUGUGAGAUUGAGAUCAAGCAGAAGCUGAUUGAUGAGCUGGAGAACAGCCAGCGGCGUUUGCAGACCCUCAAGCACCAGUAUGAGGAGAAGCUGAUCCUACUGCAGAACAAGAUUCGGGACACACAGCUGGAGCGGGACCGGGUCCUGCAAAACCUCAGCACCAUGGAGUGCUACACAGAGGAGAAAGCCAACAAGAUCAAGGCAGACUACGAGAAGCGGCUGAAGGAGAUGAACCGGGACCUGCAGAAGCUGCAGGCAGCCCAGAAAGAGCACGCUCGCCUGCUCAAGAACCAGUCCCGCUACGAGCGCGAGCUGCGGAAGCUGCAGGCAGAAGUGGCCGAGAUGAAGAAGGCAAAGGUGGCGCUGAUGAAGCAGAUGCGGGAGGAGCAGCAGCGGCGGCGGCUGGCCGAGACCAAGAGGAACCGCGAGAUCGCGCAGCUCAAGAAGGAGCAGCGCCGGCAGGAGUUCCAGAUCAGGGCUCUGGAAUCUCAGAAGCGACAGCAGGAAAUAGUGCUGCGGAGGAAAACCCAGGAGGUGUCAGCGCUGCGCCGUCUGGCCAAGCCCAUGUCAGAGCGGGUGGCAGGCAGGAUGAGCCAGAAGCCGGCCAUGAUGGACUCGGGCGCGGAGGUCUCGGCCAGCACCACCUCCUCCGAGCCCGAGUCGGGCGCUCGCUCCGUCUCCAGCAUCGUGCGCCAGUGGAACAGGAAGAUCAACAACUUCCUGGGAGACCCCUCGUCCUCCAUUAAUGGGGCUCGGCCUGCCAGGAAGAAGUUCCCCAAGAAGGGGACGAGCCAGACCUUCAGCAAAGCUGCCCGCCUCAAGUGGCAGUCCCUGGAGCGGCGCAUCUUCGACAUUGUCAUGCAGAGAAUGACCAUCGUCAACCUGGAGGCAGACAUGGAGAGGCUCAUCAAGAAACGUGAGGAGCUGUCGCUGCUGCAGGAGGCGUUGCUGGGCAAGCGGGCAAAGCUGCAGGCAGAGAGCCCCAAGGAGCAGAAGGGGCUGCAAGAGCUGAACGAGGAGAUUGAGGUGCUGGGGGCCAACAUUGACUAUAUCAACGACAGCAUUUCAGACUGCCAGGCCACCAUCAUGCAGAUUGAGGAGACCAAGGAGGAGCUGGACUCCACGGACACCUCGGUGGUGAUCAGCUCCUGCUCCCUGGCCGAAGCCCGGCUGCUGCUGGACAACUUCCUGAAAGCCUCCAUCGACAAGGGGCUGCAGGUGGCCCAGAAGGAGGCGCAGAUCCGGCUGCUGGAGGGGCGGCUGCGGCAGUCGGACGUGGCCAGCUCCUCGCAGAACCACGCCCUGCUGGACGCCCUGAGGGAGAAGGCUGAGUCCCACCCCGAGCUGCAGGCACUGAUCCACAACGUCCAGCAAGAGAAUGGCUACACCAGCACAGAUGAGGAAGUUUCAGAGUUCAGCCUGGCCUCAGAUGGGAGCAUCUCCCAGUCUUUCACCAUGAAGGGCUCAGCAAGCCAGGAUGACUUCAAGUUCAAGGGAGAGCCCAAGCUUUCGGGGCAGAUGAAGGCAGUGUCAGCCGAGUGUCUGGGACCCACGCUGGACGUCUCCACCAAGAACAUCACCAAAUCCUUGGCAUCCCUCAUGGAGAUCAAAGAGGACGGGAUCGGCUUCUCCAUCCGGGACCCCUACUACAAGGAGAAGGUGUCGCGCACCAUCAGCCUGCCCACGCGAGGCAGCACCUUUCCCAGGCAGUCCCGGGGCUCGGACACUUCGCCUCUGACACGGCGGAAAUCCUACGACCGCGGGCAACCUGCCAGGCCUACAGACAUUGGCUUCACACCACCCUCAUCCCCACCCACCCGUCCGCGCAACGACCGCAACGUCUUCUCCCGUCUCACGAGCACCCAGAGCCAGGGAUCUGCCUUGGACAAGUCUGAUGACAGCGAUUCCUCUGUCUCGGAGGUGCUGAGGGGCAUCAUUAACCCCGUGGGUGGCACCAAGAAUGCCCGGACAGCCCCGCUGCAGUGUGUCUCGGUGGCAGAGGGACACACCAAGCCUGUGCUCUGCCUGGAUGCCACCGAUGAGCUGCUCUUCACCGGGUCCAAAGACCGCAGCUGCAAAAUGUGGAACCUGGUGACAGGCCAGGAAAUCGCCUCUCUCAAGGGCCACCCGAACAACGUGGUUUCCAUCAAGUACUGCAGCCACACGGGGCUGGUGUUCACCGUGUCCACGUCCUACAUCAAGGUGUGGGACAUCCGCGACUCCGCCCGCUGCAUCCGCACCCUCACGUCGUCCGGCCAGGUGAUCUCUGGGGACGCGUGUGCCGGGACCAGCAGCCGCACGGUGAGCAGCGUGCAGGGGGAGCACCAGAUCAACCAGAUCGCGCUGAACCCCUCGGGCACCGCGCUCUACGCGGCCGCCGGCAACGCCGUGCGCGUCUGGGAGCUGAGCAGGCUGCAGCCCGUGGGGAAGCUCAGUGGCCACAUCGGGCCCGUGAUGUGCCUGACCGUGAACCAGACGGCGAGCAACCACGACCUGGUGGUCACAGGCUCCAAGGAUCACUACGUCAAGGUGUUUGAGAUCACGGAGGGCAUGGUGGGCAAUAUUGGCCCCACUCACAACUUCGAGCCCCCUCACUACGAUGGCAUCGAGUGCCUGGCCAUCCAGGGAGAUGUCCUCUUCAGUGGCUCCAGGGACAACGGCAUAAAGAAGUGGGAUCUGGAGCAGCAGGAACUUAUCCAGCAAAUCCCCAAUGCCCACAAGGACUGGGUCUGUGCCCUGGCCUUCAUCCCCGGCCGCCCCAUGGUGCUGAGCGCCUGCCGAGGAGGCGUCAUCAAAGUCUGGAACGUGGACACCUUCACCCCAGUCGGGGAGAUCAAGGGGCACGAGAGCCCCAUCAACGCCAUCUGCACCAACUCCAAGCACAUCUUCACUGCCUCCAGCGACUGCCGGGUAAAGUUAUGGAAUUACGUGCCUGGGCUCACCCCUUGCCUUCCACGACGCGUCCUUGCCAUAAAGGGCCGUGCUACUAGUCUGCCUUGACCCUCCUGCUCUUUGACUCUCUUGCUCAUAUGCUCCUCUUCCGUCUCUCCUUCCCUCUUCUCUCCAUCUCUCCCUCCCUCUGUCCCUCUCACUGUUGCUUUGCUCCUCUCUCUCUCCCCCCACCCCUUUUUCUCUGGUCUGAGCUGCUUCUUCACGGUAUGAAACUAUUCUGCGUUUUUCCCCACUUGAUAAGCCUUUGUUAGAAUGGACUCAGCCCCUUGGCCCAGUCAUCCCCCUGCCUUGGUUCCACUUCUUUUUGGUUUUUUUUCCUCGCCAAGUGCCCACAUCUACUUUGGCAGCUCAGUGGGAAGCCAUGGCCUGCCCGUGCCUUUGCAUGGAUAGUGGGUUGGGAGUCAGCAGCCACCCCCAGAUCAGCCCGUGCCCCAGGAGCAAAGCAGCUCCCUGGAUAUCACUGCUGGGACCUAGAUGGAGCUCAUUCAAGGGUAGGAGUCCUGGUGUGGGGUCAGCCCUGGAGGUCACCCCUUUCCCUUUGUCCCCAACUGCUGCCAGUGGGCUGAGCUGGAGGCUGAGCCCCAAUGGGUUUGCCUUCUCCCCAAAGUGCAUCAGACAAUCUCCUGCCAAGGGAAAAGGGCCUGGAAGCUUGGGGGGCUGCAUGCUGCCGUGGUGGGUGGGGAGUGAGCACCCUCUGGGGCAGUGCUGUGGGGCUCCUGCCCCAACCCCUGGGUCAUGCUGUCCCUCUCACCUUUGUUCCUCAGCGACUUGACAGUGAAGCUCUGGAGUGGGAGGAGGUUGCCUGCGGGGUCAAACUAGGAACUGCAGAAAGACUGGAAGGCGUGGGGCAGGGUGAAGGUCAGGGUACCUCCCCCUGCUCUCAGCACUCAGUCAUCCACAGCAGCUCAGCCCAGGACAGGGAUUUCUUUGUGCCUGACCCAACGGGGUGGACAAUGCUGCGUCUGGUACUUCGAGCACUGUCAGCUCCUGUGAGGAAGCAGCUCUGGGGGGCACCAGCAGCUCCACCUGCCCUCCUGCUGAGGUUUCUCGACGGUUCUCCAGUGAACAGGAAAUGUUUCAUCUCUCCUCUCACCCAUCCUGCUGUAAGGACUUUGGGGGUCAGAGAUCCCUGACUCCUCAGAGACACCCAAUUCCCUCCUGCCACUGUGGGCCCCCGUGGCCUCUGUGCUGUGCUGCUCCCGGGCUGGUUCCUGCAGGAGUCUUCUCCACCCCACCAGGACAUUUGGUGUCUGCUGGCCAGGACCACCACACAGAGGGUGCUUCUCUGGAGCCAUUACUUGUGAGACACCUCUGCUGUGGGGACUGCAGAAGGAUUCCCUUUCCUCUGUGGAUGUGGUACUCCCAGCCUUCCCAUCCCUCUGUGGAUGUGUCCCCAGUGAUUGGAGGGGCACACUCUGAGCUCCUUUGCCAUGUUCCAUCUCGUGAGGCACAGCAAGCCUGGGAUGAUCUCCACUGGGCAACUUCCAGACAGACCUGCUGCAGUUCCCUUUGACACUCUCCAAACCCCAGUUGUAAACUCAGCUGUUCCAUGGCUCUGGACUCUUCCCCACAUGCCCAGCCCUCUCAGCCCUGCUCUGGACAUCGUGACUCCCAUCAGGGUUUUGUGCUGGGUGCCUGCAGCCACUUAACCCCCUUGGGAUGGAGAAACGAAGCAAGAAUGGAGCUUGCAGGGCAAAAAGGCCAAGGCUGGAUUUGUCAUCCCACUGCUGUGGCUCUGUCUGUCCUUCCUUUAGGUUCUGCCCUCAGAGCUCUGCCUGGACUGGAGCUUGCUUAGGCUGGGCCUGCUGGGCUGCAUGGACCCAAGGCUGGAGGGGAGCAGCAGGGCAGGGAGCAGCCAGAGGCCACAGUGGCAGGAGCACAGGGGGAGGGGUUGCACACCCUGACCUCGCACAAGUCCCCUGACUCCCCUGUGCUCCAAGGACAAUCCUGCCGUGGAUGAUCUUGCACAAUCUCAUCUCCUUGAGGGGCUGGGGGCUCCACUCAGGAGUGACUCCCCAAGGAUGCACAUUCUGCAGGCUCUUUCCUCUGUCUCUCCUCUUCAAGGAGGGCUGGUAAGGGCCUGGUCUCACACUGGAGCUUCCCUCCAUCUCUCCUAUGGCCCAGUGGACCAUCCCUGCUCUGUCCUGCCCUGGGCCACCCAGGGUUUUUGUGGAAUGGCCAAGGAGACCCCAGGAUGGGUGUUCUGCCUCACACACUCUCCUUUCCCCUUUGUCACAGAAGAAGCAGCACUUGAACUCAAAUUUAAGGAUUUCUCCGUGUGAUCCCACCAGCACUGAACUGGGAUCUUGGAGGCCAGGGGCUCCAGGACCUGCCCCAUCAAGCACAGACCAUUGCCCCUCUGCUCUCUCCAACCAUGGUGAUACCUUGACCAGCCCCAGGUCAUCAGCCACCAGCCCUUGUUCCAAGCAUUCUGGCUGGAGUGAGGGGAUUCCUCUGCAUCAUGACAGACAACAGUAUCUGUUUUGAUUUGGUGGGGGGAGGGGGGGUUUGCCUAUUUUGGGGAAAUUCCAUCCUGCUGGCUUGCCUUGUUGGAGGGUAAAUGGUACAUGUAUGUGUGUGAAUGUGUGUGAGUGUGACCCUGCCCAGGACAGUCCCUGCUCCCUGUGCCUGUGGCUGAGCCCUGCACAGCCAGCACUGGUGGAGAGGCUCCCAUCCAUCCUGUGGCACACAGCCAUGGGGGUCUGCAGGAGGUGUUUCCCCCCCAGGCCUGUCCUGGAGAGGGUUUCUGCACUCCUUCCUCAGCUGGUUUAUCCUUUGCUUGGCUGGAGGGGCUCUGUGUGUGGUGUCUCUGGUGAGUGUUUGGCUGUAGAAUCUGUCUGCUCUGAGAUCUCCAGUGCCUGCCCUGGAGCCUUCCCUGCUGCCAUGGCUGAAGGGGACACCUAGGGUCAGAGCUGCCUUGCUUUGCCACCAGUACCUUCCUGUGUGCAGGCUGGGAGUGCCUGUUCAGCAUUGCAGGGCUGAGUGGCCAUCCUGAGCCGUGGAGGGAGGGAGCUGCUGCUGGGGCAUUGCUGUUCUGAGGCGGGGGUUUGAAGGGAGGAGAGUCCUGAUUUAGGAACAGCAUUCUCCAAUCAAGUGCUCCCACUAAAACCGUGCACCACUCACCCCAUCCCCAGCAGGGUGGAGAGGGGAACUGCAGGCAUAAAAGAUGAAGAUCACAGGUUGAGAUAAGAGCAAUUUAAGAGCUGGAAAGAGCAGUGAGAUAAAAAGCAAACAGUAAAACAGCAACAAUAUUAAUAACAGAAGCAUACAACAGAGAGAAUGAUUCACAUGCAGAGUGCACACCCUGACCUGCCUGCAGCCAUGUUCUACUGACCUGAGUAGACCUCUCCUCUGAGGAGAAGAAAUGGAUCUUGCUCCUGUGUAUCUCCAUGGCAUCAGCACAUUGUGAGUAAAGCCUUACACUCUUGUGGGUCUGCUGUGCCAGCCUGGGAUCCACACAGCCCAGCAGAGCCCAGUGCUGCUCUCCACACCUGGCUGCAGGCAGGGCCCCUCUGGUUCUUGUCAGGGUUCUCACUGCUCACUGCCUGCAGAUGUGAAGGUGCAUUCAGGAGGAUCAGAAGUGAUAUGAGCCCUUUUAUUCUGAGUACAUGCCCACUGGAAGCUGGGCUGGCAUUUAUCCCUGAAGAAUUUCCUGCUGCUGUUGUUUUUCCUCUCAACUCACACAGCCAUGCUUCUGGGGCAGAGGUGGGUUUUCCUUCCCACUUCCUCUUGUCCUCUCUGUGCUCUUGCAGGUAAAACCAUAGGAUGCCUUGUGAUGUGUCCCCUCUCUCUCAGGAGAGGGCCAGUUGCUCCCAGCAGCAGAGGCUCUGGGCUGUACUGGUGUGACAGGGGACAUUUCCUCAGUCCAUGGGCUGGUCCAGUCUUAGACAGUCUUUUAACACAGCUGAGACACAGGUUGGUAGGAAGGAAAAACAAUGAUCUUCAUCAUCAGAGUUGGGGAGUCACCUUUAACACUGAUUGUUCUCCUUCCUUUCAGAUCCCUGAAUAACCUCCCUAGAAAUCUUUUUUGACUCCAAAGAUUAUGUGGACUGCACUAAGGAGACCUGGCAAAAAUAUGAUUUCCUUAACAUCCAAAGGGAAUUCAGAACUUCAAAAGCUCCUUUUAACAGACCUCAAGGGGGAAAACUGGGUGAAAGACUGGGGAAAAUCAUCCACAUCAGUGCCAGUGAGGCUGUGCUCUGUACACCUCCUGCCACAUGGAUGGUGUGCCCUGGACUCAUCUGCAUCUGCAGGGCACUGCUGCUGGUUUGAAUCCCUGGGGAUCUCUCUAACACAGCCAGUUCCCUCAGGGACUGGGCACUUUGUCCGUGCUGUUCCACCUGCUUGGCUGCAGUGCUCCAUCAUCCCUGAGGGAAUACCUUUCCCUCACGCUUGGCAGGAGGUGCCUGCAGAGGCUGAAAGUGUCUGUGCUCUGCCCAGUCCCCUUGCCAGUGCCCAGGUCCCAGGACAGGGAUCCCAGUUCCUUCCCUUCCAUCUGGUUCCACAGCAUGACUGCAGCAGUGGGGUCACCAGGGGCUCAACCCCCUGGCAGCUGAAACCUCUUCACAUCUCAGCUCACUGGGGGUAGGGAUGGGUGGUUAUCUCCAGCCCUGCCUCUUCCUCCUGGUGUGAGGGCCCUGCUUGCUCUUCAUCCCUCUGUACAAACUGAUUUGCUCUGGGAUUUCUGUGUGGGGGUGACUGCUGCCAGCACGGGUUGUUCCUGUGGUUCAGGGACAGCUUCAGUGUCCCUGUGGUUCAGCUGCAGCUUGAGUGACCACGGUGCCUGCUGCUCUGCCUUCCUCCUCCUGCCCUGAGGGUGCUGCCUGGUGAGCAGCAGUGUCUGAUGAAUGCUCACCAGGGCCCAGCACACUGCAGUGGGGCUCCUGGCUGGAACUGCCACAGCAUUCUCCUUGCAAGUGCUCUGUUACUUUUACAGCAUCUUGUACUUGUUCCUGCAACUUCCCAAUCAUUGCAGGAGAGAAUUUCUUCCAAAAGUGGCCCAUUUUCUCCCAGGCUCAUUCCAGUCAUGACUACUCUCCAUCAGGAUAGAAUAACCUCCUUAGAAAUCUUUCUUUACUCCAAAGAGUAUGUGGAUUGCACUAAGGAGACCUGACAAAAAUAUGAUUUCCUUAACAGCCAAAGGGAAUUCAGAGCUUCAAAAGCUGUUUUAACAGGCCUCAAGGGGGAAAGUGGGUGAAAAUCUGGGGAAAAUCAUCCUCCCCUGUUUCUCCAUGGGUUGGUCAUUAUUGUUAUUAAUGGACUCCCAAAGGAAGUGCCCCAGGUAAGGGUAGAAGAACAACACUCAAGACAUAUCCCUCACUGCCCUUGAUGUUAUCAUGUCAUAAACUAAUCCUGAUCCCCCUCCCUGCUCUGAGACAGAGACUGUGAUGGGAGCAGACAGAAUUAUGUACAGGGUUAGGUACCCACAUGGGCAGAGCAGGCAACACUGUCACCAGUGCCUCAGUACCUAAUGUUUAGGUGAUCAAAAAUGUUUAGAUCAAAUUUGCUUCAGCCCACUCUGGGCAGAUCUGUUGUUAUCUCAACUGUUCAAGCCCUUCCUUGGAUGCUAAGAAAAAAAAAAGCUGUUGUGGUUUAGGACUGGUAUUCCCCAAAUCAGUGUUCCCACUACAACUGUGUGCUGCCACAAUCCCCACCUCCUUCCUUCCCUGUGGUAGGAUGGAGAGAAGAACUGGAGGCACAAAAGGUAAAAAAAUCACAGGUAGUUGACAGGAACAAUUGACUGGAAACAGCAAUGAGAUAAGAAAAAUUAACAGCAACAAUAUUAAUAGCAAACAUGCAACAAUAUGAAUAACAAAAGUGUACAAAAGAGAGCAAAUCACAUGCAAAUGCUCACCACGGUGUUACCCUGAGUGGAAGAGAUCCCUUCUCCCUGGAAGAGAGUCCCUGCCCCAGCAAUGAUGUGAGAUGUCUAAAAGAACCUCUGGGCUCUGGCCAUGUCCCCUCCUGGCUCCUGCAAAAAUUAACUCUGUCCUGGCUGGAACCAGGCCAGGGCUGACUGUGAUCCCACAGCUCUGUGUGUGUGUGUGUGUGUGUGUGUGUAGGUCCUGGUACCUGUGUGGGUUGAUGUUUCUCAUGCAGAAGAGCAUUUUUUGGGUGUUGAUCUGGUUUAGCUACCUCACGGUGCAAGCUGGGUGCUGUCAUCAUUGGAUUUCCUACUGGGGAUGGGGUGGGGAGUUUGUGGUGUAAGGCUUUUUAUUUUUUUCUCUUAAUUAUUGUUAUUGUUAUGGUUUUGACACUUGAAUUCAUUCUGGGGACACGUGGCCUCGCUCCCACCUUGCUGCAUGUCUGAGCCAGCCCGUGUUCCCCUCCCUGCCUCCUCCUGGCAGGGAGCAGGGCUGGGGUCCUGCCCUGCCAGCUCCCCUUUGCAGUGGGAUCCCCCAGAGCAGUUGCAACACCGAGAUUUUGCUCCCAUUUCUCGUGGGGUUCCUGGUCUGAGGAUCUGUGGUGUUGCCAGUGGUGAUUGGCUUGGUUGGCAGCCUGGAUGUCCCAUCUGGUCCCAUGGAAAGGGGGCUCUGGAAGGCUCAGCUCAGCCCAAAUUUCUCUCACAGAUCUCUGUGGAUGUGAUGAAGCUCUGGGCUGGGAGAUGUCUGCAGAGCACAUUGCUGGAGUGGGCUGCUUCCAGCCACCUCUGCCAGAGGCUGCUGCAGGGCAGCAGGGCCUGGGUGCUGUGAAAGCCUCUGCCCAAGCUGGGGAUGGUCUGUGAGGAGCUGAUGCUGCUGUGUGAUGUUUGACUUCUCACUCCCCAAAGUGUAGUUGUGUCAGGAUUCAGUGCCAGGCACUGAACACGAGCAGGGGGAGCCCUGGGGCCCCCAGCUCAGGCUGGCACUGCCCUGGCACAGUGGGGUCAGGAGCUCUGAGCCACACGGGCAGUUUGGCGUGCAGGUCCUCCCAAACACUAAAGCACAAGGUCCCACAUGCAGGUGGCUCCAGGAGGGGUGGCCCCUUGGACCCUGGCCCUCCAGAGCUCUGCUGGGACCAUGGGCUGAGACAGGAGGAGGAGGAGGACUGGGAUGAAGGCUCCUUGCCUGUGGGUGAGCUGUUCCAUCCCUGUAGCUCAGGGGCCUGGCUGCACACCUGAAGUCCCCUCUGGUGGUCUCAGAGCCCCUCUGAGAGCCCCUCCAGGGCAGGGACACUUUGGAGCUGCCUUUGUACCACGCACCUCAUUUUUCUCUGCCCUUGGGCACCUCGGUUGGUGACAAGGGUGUGAUCAUACCUGCACUCCUGCCUCAGGUUGCUGGGUUAUGCUUCUUUCCCAGGGCCUAACUCUUGCUCUGGGGGUCUCCUCACCCCCAGCAACAGCUCCAGUCUCUGUGGAGGGAGCAGGGCUGCCCCAGAGCUGGGCUUUGCACAGGCCAGAGUCAAGAGCCUAAAAGCACUGGACCCCCACAGCACUGUGAGCCCUCCUGAGCAGUGUCCCCUUCCUGUCACCUGCAGCUCUGGUGACACGGGCUGGGCUGGUCAGCUGCGAGGAAUGGGAGCUCUGGGGUCCCAUCCUGUCCCCCCCAGGCGUGUUGUUCCUCCCCACCAGCUCUGAGCACAGCUGCUUUGGGGUCUCAAUUGCUGCCUCCUGCCUUGGUGCUGCAGACUCAGUGCCUGCUUCCCACGGUGCUCUCCCAGUGCCCCAAACCAGUCCUGCCAGUGCCCCUCACCAGUCCUUCCUGUGCCCCUCACCAGUCCUUCCAGUGCCCCUCACCAGUCCUUCCUGUGACCAGUCCUUCCAGUGCCCCUCACCAGUCCUUCCUGUGCCCCACACCAGUCCUUCCAGUGCCCCUCACCAGUCCUUCCUGUGACCAGUCCUUCCAGUGCUCCUCACCAGUCCUUCCAGUGCCCCUCACCAGUCCUUCCUGUGCCCCUCACCAGUCCUUCCAGUGCUCCUCACCAGUCCUGCCCAUGCUCCUCACCAGUCCUGCCCAUGCCCCACACUGAAGAGGGUCCCGGUACGAUCCCUGCCAAGCACAGAGCUCCAGUUUGCUCUCCACAGGCUCCCUGGAGCUUCACUCUGUCCUGCAGGCUGCACGUCCAUCUGAGCCCCCCUCACCCUUCUGGGAAGGGCCGAGGACCCCCAGCCCCUCCAGGUGCUGCAUGGUGCUCCAGCUGUGACUGGGACAGACCCAUCCCAGAAAAGCUCAGCCCUGCACCUUCCUCCUGCCCCAGGGCUCGUCCCCUCACCCAGCACAGCUCUGGUUCCUACAACUGCUCCUCGUGGCCUGGGAGCCCCGGGUGCAGCCCCACGCCAGGCUGGGGCAGCUGCAGCACUGUGUCCCUGCUCCACCUCUCCUUUCUGCACAAGGAGCACAACAGCAGAUGCCUUUUCACACCCGGGGCUUUUCCCAGAGGCCAGCUGCCCUGGAGGCUGGCGUUGUCUGUGUGGGGGUUGUGCAGCCCGGCCCUGGCUGGGUUUGUCAGAGCAUGAGGGGUGUGUGUGUGUGUUUUCUACCGUGGUGUGUUCCUGUAAAUAGUGUAAGUUAUUGUGCUCUCCUGCUGUACGUUUUUCAAUGGCUGUUUGUUUCUUGCCUUUUUGUCUUUGCAAAUAAAAUGUUCUUGACAUGAA